AUGUAUAUCAAGUCGAUCGUGUUGGACGGAUUCAAAUCUUACGGUAAUCGCGUGGAAAUCACAGGUUUCGAUCCCGAAUUCAAUGCAAUUACCGGGUUAAACGGUACAGGAAAGUCCAAUAUAUUGGAUUCUAUAUGUUUCGUAUUAGGAAUUACGAAUUUGUCUAAUGUGCGAGCUGGCAGUCUGCAGGAAUUGAUCUAUAAACAUGGACAGGCAGGUAUCACAAAGGCCACGGUCAGUAUCUCGUUUGACAACCGAGACAAGAGACAGUGUCCUAUUGGCUAUGAGAACCAAGAUGAAAUUACUGUAACUCGACAGGUUGUAAUGGGUGGUAAAAAUAAAUACUUGAUCAAUGGCAUUAAUGUUCAGAACAAGAGAGUGAGUGAUUUGUUCUGUUCUGUACAACUUAAUGUGAACAAUCCACAUUUCCUCAUCAUGCAGGGGCGUAUCACCAAAGUGUUAAACAUGAAGCCUGCUGAAAUUUUGUCCAUGGUGGAGGAGGCAGCAGGUACGAGAAUGUAUGAGGCAAAAAAACAAAUUGCUUUAAAAACCAUUGACAAGAAAGAUGCCAAAUUGAGGGAACUAAAUGAUAUCAUAAGAGAAGAUAUAGCACCAAAACUACAAAAAUUGCAAGAUGAACGGGCUCAAUUCCAAGAGUAUCAGAAGGUUGUGAGGGAGUUGGAAAAUCUCACCAGACUUUAUGUGGCUUAUAGGUAUGUUACCGCAGAACAAAACGCGCAAGAGGCUGAGGGCAAGGUGAUGCAGGUACAAAAUGAAAUUAAGAGUAAAAAGGAUAACAUUAAGAAAAAUAAAAAAGAAGCAGAAGAUUUAGACAAAGAAAUGGCUGAGCUCAGCAGAAGGUUGGAUGAGGAGAGCGGCAACGCUCUGCAGCGGCUGCAGGCCGAGCUGCAGGCGCUGGAGCGGGACGAGGCGGGGGCGGGCGCGGCGCACCGGGCGGGGCGCGACGCGCGCGCGGAGCACGAGCGGCGCGCGCGCCUGCUGCAGCGCGCGCUCGCCGACGACGACGCCGCGCUCGCCGCCAAGCGCGCGGCGCUCGCGCAGAUAUCGUCGACGUUCGAAAACUUGCGUGCGGCGAGCGAGGCUAGCGAGACGGCUCUGGCGGAGGCGCAGCAGAAGUUCCUGUCCGUGAGCUCGGGCAACGAGGGCGCCUCUGAGUCGCUGCAGGACCAGCUCAUGGCGGCUAAAGCCGAAGCGUCAGAAGCGUCCACGCGAAUAUCCCAAAGCACUAUGGAGAAGAAGCACGCCGAAGAAAGAUUGAAAACUUUGGAAAAAGAGUUCAACAGCAGCAGCGCACAGUUCAAACGCGAUCAGGACAACAUCGGCAAGCAGCAAGCGCAGAUAGACAAGUUACAGGCGGAGCUGUCGCGCAUGACGUUCAGCGCGGAGCGGCAGGGCGAGCUGCAGCGGGCGGUGCGCGCGCGGGGGGGGGCGGCGCGUGCGCAGCGCGACCGCCUCGACGCGCUCGCCGCGCGCCUCACGCGCUGCGAGUUCAAGUACCAGCCGCCGCACCACGACUUCGACAGCCGCAGGGUCAGCGGUACAAUUUGUAGGCUGAUCGACGUGUGCGACCCCGUCUACUGCACGGCCUUGGAGACGGCGGCGGGAGGUCGGCUAUACAACGUGGUGGUGGACACGGAGGUGACGAGCAAGCUGCUGCUGCAGCGCGGCCAGCUCCAGACGCGCACCACCAUCAUCCCGCUCAACAAGAUCAGCGGACACGUCAUCGACAGGGAGACGGUCAAGCUGGCACAGAAAAUUGGCGGCGGUCCGGAGAACGUGCAGCUGGCGCUGGACCUGAUCUCGUUCGCUCCUCACCUGCGGCCGGCCAUGGCGUGGGUGUUCGGCGGCACGCUGGUGUGCCGCGACCUGGACACGGCCAAGCGCGUGACGUUCCACCCCGCCGUGCGGCGCCGCUGCGUCACGCUGGACGGGGACGUGUUCGACCCCUCCGGCACGCUCUCCGGGGGUGCACGGCAAAAGGGUGGGUCAGUACUGCUGCAAUUACAAGAACUAAAGCAGCUGGAACAGACGCUGCAAGCAACGGAGGCGCAGCUGUCACAAGAUACGGCUGAGCUGAACGCCAUGCAACAGGCAGCCGAGAAGUACACCAGCACACAACAGAAGUACGAGAUGAUGUCCCACGAGCUGGAGGUGAUCAAGGCGCGCCUGGCCACCACCUCCACGGCGCAGCUGCACGCCGAGAUCCAGAGCCUGCGAGCGCAGGUAGAAGAAUUAACUGCAGCCGUAGAACGGGACAAAGUGACACAGAAGGAAACCGCGGCUCGGGCGAGGGAACUGGAAGCCAAGGUCAAGGACAUCAAAGGGCAUCGGGAGAGGGAAUUUAAAAAAGCAGAGGAAGCUUUGAAAAAAGCCAAAAAAGACGCAGAACUUCAUGGAAACUCGUGGAAACAACGAGAACAAGAGCUGGAGACGCUCAAGCUGGAGGUGCAGGAGCUGGAGAACGCCGUCACAACCAGUCGACAGCAGCUGGAAGAGACCAGCCAAGCCGCCGAGCAGCUGCGGGAGACGUUCGAAGCUGCCAAACUGGAACAUGAAAGGACUACGGAAGCAGUAAAAGAAAUGCAGUCUCGCAUCAAAAAGCAGAAAGCGGAGAUAUCAGGCCGCAGCGGCGAGAUCACUCGGCUGAACCAGAACAAGGAACAGUUGGGCAAGGCCAGCGGUGACUUGGAGCUCGCCAUUAAGGAGUUAGAAUACAAGAUCAAGGAGUUGCAGACAGAAGCCGCCGAAUGUGUCAGAAAGAUCGAGUCCCUGGAGAGCGAGUACACGUGGAUAGCGAGCGAGCGCGAGUACUUCGGCGCGGCGGGCGGGCUGUACGACUUCGCGGGGCGCCAGGCGCACGUCGCGGGCCAGCGCCUCGCCAUGCUCAAGGAGCGGAGGGACAAGCUGGCGCGCGGCCUCAACGCGCGCGCGCACACCCUGCUGGGCAAGGAGGAGGAGCAGGUGCGUGUGUCGUGUGUACCGCAGGGCUCCACGGCAGAGCGGGACGCCAGCGCCUCGCCAUGCUCAAGGAGCGGAGGGACAAGCUGGCGCGCGGCCUCAACGCGCGCGCGCACACCCUGCUGGGCAAGGAGGAGGAGCAGGUGCGUGUGUCGUGUGUACCGCAGGGCUCCACGGCAGAGCGGGACGCCAGCGCCUCGCCAUGCUCAAGGAGCGGAGGGACAAGCUGGCGCGCGGCCUCAACGCGCGCGCGCACACCCUGCUGGGCAAGGAGGAGGAGCAGGUGCGUGUGUCGUGUGUACCGCAGGGCUCCACGGCAGAGCGGGACGCCAGCGCCUCGCCAUGCUCAAGGAGCGGAGGGACAAGCUGGCGCGCGGCCUCAACGCGCGCGCGCACACCCUGCUGGGCAAGGAGGAGGAGCAGGUGCGUGUGUCGUGUGUACCGCAGGGCUCCACGGCAGAGCGGGACGCCAGCGCCUCGCCAUGCUCAAGGAGCGGAGGGACAAGCUGGCGCGCGGCCUCAACGCGCGCGCGCACACCCUGCUGGGCAAGGAGGAGGAGCAGGUGCGUGUGUCGUGUGUACCGCAGGGCUCCACGGCAGAGCGGGACGCCAGCGCCUCGCCAUGCUCAAGGAGCGGAGGGACAAGCUGGCGCGCGGCCUCAACGCGCGCGCGCACACCCUGCUGGGCAAGGAGGAGGAGCAGGUGCGUGUGUCGUGUGUACCGCAGGGCUCCACGGCAGAGCGGGACGCCAGCGCCUCGCCAUGCUCAAGGAGCGGAGGGACAAGCUGGCGCGCGGCCUCAACGCGCGCGCGCACACCCUGCUGGGCAAGGAGGAGGAGCAGGUGCGUGUGUCGUGUGUACCGCAGGGCUCCACGGCAGAGCGGGACGCCAGCGCCUCGCCAUGCUCAAGGAGCGGAGGGACAAGCUGGCGCGCGGCCUCAACGCGCGCGCGCACACCCUGCUGGGCAAGGAGGAGGAGCAGGUGCGUGUGUCGUGUGUACCGCAGGGCUCCACGGCAGAGCGGGACGCCAGCGCCUCGCCAUGCUCAAGGAGCGGAGGGACAAGCUGGCGCGCGGCCUCAACGCGCGCGCGCACACCCUGCUGGGCAAGGAGGAGGAGCAGGUGCGUGUGUCGUGUGUACCGCAGGGCUCCACGGCAGAGCGGGACGCCAGCGCCUCGCCAUGCUCAAGGAGCGGAGGGACAAGCUGGCGCGCGGCCUCAACGCGCGCGCGCACACCCUGCUGGGCAAGGAGGAGGAGCAGGUGCGUGUGUCGUGUGUACCGCAGGGCUCCACGGCAGAGCGGGACGCCAGCGCCUCGCCAUGCUCAAGGAGCGGAGGGACAAGCUGGCGCGCGGCCUCAACGCGCGCGCGCACACCCUGCUGGGCAAGGAGGAGGAGCAGGUGCGUGUGUCGUGUGUACCGCAGGGCUCCACGGCAGAGCGGGACGCCAGCGCCUCGCCAUGCUCAAGGAGCGGAGGGACAAGCUGGCGCGCGGCCUCAACGCGCGCGCGCACACCCUGCUGGGCAAGGAGGAGGAGCAGGUGCGUGUGUCGUGUGUACCGCAGGGCUCCACGGCAGAGCGGGACGCCAGCGCCUCGCCAUGCUCAAGGAGCGGAGGGACAAGCUGGCGCGCGGCCUCAACGCGCGCGCGCACACCCUGCUGGGCAAGGAGGAGGAGCAGGUGCGUGUGUCGUGUGUACCGCAGGGCUCCACGGCAGAGCGGGACGCCAGCGCCUCGCCAUGCUCAAGGAGCGGAGGGACAAGCUGGCGCGCGGCCUCAACGCGCGCGCGCACACCCUGCUGGGCAAGGAGGAGGAGCAGGUGCGUGUGUCGUGUGUACCGCAGGGCUCCACGGCAGAGCGGGACGCCAGCGCCUCGCCAUGCUCAAGGAGCGGAGGGACAAGCUGGCGCGCGGCCUCAACGCGCGCGCGCACACCCUGCUGGGCAAGGAGGAGGAGCAGGUGCGUGUGUCGUGUGUACCGCAGGGCUCCACGGCAGAGCGGGACGCCAGCGCCUCGCCAUGCUCAAGGAGCGGAGGGACAAGCUGGCGCGCGGCCUCAACGCGCGCGCGCACACCCUGCUGGGCAAGGAGGAGGAGCAGGUGCGUGUGUCGUGUGUACCGCAGGGCUCCACGGCAGAGCGGGACGCCAGCGCCUCGCCAUGCUCAAGGAGCGGAGGGACAAGCUGGCGCGCGGCCUCAACGCGCGCGCGCACACCCUGCUGGGCAAGGAGGAGGAGCAGGUGCGUGUGUCGUGUGUACCGCAGGGCUCCACGGCAGAGCGGGACGCCAGCGCCUCGCCAUGCUCAAGGAGCGGAGGGACAAGCUGGCGCGCGGCCUCAACGCGCGCGCGCACACCCUGCUGGGCAAGGAGGAGGAGCAGGUGCGUGUGUCGUGUGUACCGCAGGGCUCCACGGCAGGAGCAGGUGUGAAGUGUGUAGCUCGCAGGGCGCCGCGGCAGUAACCACGUCUAAAAAUAACAGAAUAUACUACAGUGCCAUCUAG